AUGACCGUUGUAAUAUAUGGUCAGUGAGCUCUCAAGAUGGUAUGGUCCCGAUGUGUAGCUCUUCACAACAAGAGGAUGAGUCUAUUCAAGAAAGGCAUGUCUCUGUCAGUGAUAUUUUAAAGUGUUGGAGAGCUGGCGCACCACAGGAGGCAGUACUGAAAGCAACAGAGAAGGAACUUUUUCACAAAGAUCAGCUGGCUUUCAAAACUCGUGAGCAAUACGAGGGGGCUGUUUGUCAUACCGCCACGAAGACGGGGAACGGUCCCAGGCUUCUAGGACACAGAAGAGAAAGUGGAGAAGUCAGGGAGCCUCUUUCCAAAAAGUCAACUGAUUCCCAGAAUGAAGGUGCACAGUCAUCGAAUGAUUUCAAUGAAUCCCAAGAAAAUGACAGACGCUUACAUGAAAAUGCUUCUGGGAGUGUCUCUUAUGAAUUGCCUUUAGGUACUCCCCGAGUCGAAAGGAAAUUGAAUGAGUCGGUGUGGUCUGUGGAAUCUAUAGGACCCUUUAUCCCUAGUAAGGAAUGGAUUAUGCAAAAUAUGCCGGAGUCACAGAUGGUUGCAGAGAUAGCAGAGGAACCUGAAGAUGGGUUGUCAAAACAAUACGACAGUAUUUUAGGUAACUGUGAUGGAAACCAGAGCCUAAACCCGCCCACCCCAGAUUCUGCGCCAAUGUCAGGUGGUUGUCUUAUUUACAGUACCCCAGCUCAGAAGACAAACCCACCACAAACUCCAAGAAGGAAUUCGGCCCAAUCCCCUGAAUCUCCAAAAGAGCACCCUGGCAUGAAUCCUACAGAAAAUGAACCUUUGACUUGUUUACAGAGUGAUAUCACACCCUCUGGUGAAAGUGGGUCUCCUGACCUUGCGGCUAAUCAAAACCCAAAUCAGAAUGCAUGUAAUGAUGUGCAACAGGUGAAAAUUCCAUGCAUUGCUGACCAAAGAGAAACUCCUUCAAGCUCAUUAGAAAACAUCCCAUCAACAACCAAGUGCACACUGAAUAAUACAGAGGCUGUGAAAUCGGUGCCGGAAGUGGAAAGCAGUGAUGACCUGAGCAAUCAUCAACUUUGUGUUCUUCUGGCUAAUCCCAGAACAGCUGAAUUCUCUCCAGGAAGCAUGGGACAUUGUUUUUGCAUUGGCUGCCAUUGCAAUAAAUUCCAGGAAUCCAAAUAUCCAGUUGAAGAGUUAAAGCCAAAUGUGGGAUCAAAAGUAAAACAUCGAGCUGUGCGGAAAGGGAUCUCAAUGAAGGCACGAAUACAGACGAAAUAUGGUCCCUGGAGAAACAAACGGCUUGCAAAGUACAACAAUCAUGAAGAAUGAAUUUAGUGCCAAGCCCCAAAUCAAAAAGUGCAGAUGGAGAUCAUCUACAAUGUUGAACUUUAAUUGUUCAAUGAGACUGUUUUAAAUGUUAAUUUCUAUAAUGUUAUUGAAUUCUAUUAAAACUGUAUUUAAAAUUUG